AUGCAAACAGAAGAAGCUAUUGAAUAUAUAAUAAAAUGGCUGAAAGAUUAUCAAGAAAGUAGUCAUACAAAAGGUUUUACUCUUGGUGUAUCAGGUGGAAUUAAUUCAGCUGUUGUAUCAACAUUAUCUGGUCGUACUGGUUCACCUGUUUUUGUUAUUAAAAUGCCAAUUCAACAAUCAACAGGUGAAAUUCAACGAAGUCGAACACAUAUUAAUUGGCUUAAAGCAAAUUUUUUCAAUGCGACAGAUGCUGUAAAUGAUUUAACUGAAGUUUUUAAAACAUUUGAAAAACCAGUAAAAAAAAAAGUUAAUUUAUAUGAUUUUGCUUCGAUUAAAGGUUAUCUUGUUGUUGGGACUGGAAAUAAAGUUGAAGAUGUUGGUGUUGGAUUCUCUAUAAAAUAUGUACGUGCUGUUGAUGCUGCAUUGGGUGUUGCACAAGAAAUAAUCAAAGCAUCACCAACUGAUGGUUUAUUUGGUGAUACAAAAACUGAUGAAGAACAAAUUGGAGCGAGUUAUGAUGAUCUUAAAUGGGCUAUGAAUUAUCUUGAUUCAACUAAUACAAAACAAGGACAAAUGAUAUUAACUGAUCGACAAAAACAAGUUUUGGAUAUUUAUACUAAACGACAUGCAGCGAAUUUAUAUAAAAUGGUUGAAAAUUCCACGUUGUAUUAUUCCACCAGAAUUAAAAGCUCAACAACCAUAAUAAAAAAACUAAUUCAAAUCUCUUUACCAUUUGUUUCAAAAAAAAACCAAAGACAUUUUCUAAGCUAG